AUGGGGUGGCUUCUUCUUUGUGCUUUUAUGUUUCUCCUAUCUGUUUGUACAAGCCUUGACAAUUUAGUACCGGGAGAAUCUAUCAGCACAGACCAGACCUUGAUUUCUUCCAGUGGAACAUUUGCAUUAGGCUUCUUCAGUCCCGGAAAUUCGAAGAAAUUCUUCCUUGGUAUAUGGUACAACACAAUCCCAAAGAACCCGAAAGUAUGGGUUGCCAACAGAGAAUUCCCACUUGAUUCUCCAGGUGUAUUAACGCUUAGCGGUGAUGGAAAUCUUGUGGUGUUAGAUGGGAUGACUAAAAAAAUAGUUAUCUGGUCGUCUAAUGCAUCGGUACCAGCUUCUGCAAUGAAUGCCACAACUGCUGUACUGAUGGAUAGUGGAAACCUUCAACUAAAACUUGAAGAAGACAUUUUGUGGCAGAGCUUCGAUCAUCCCUCUGACACAUUGUUGCCUAGCGUGAAGCUUAGCCUGAACAAGCUAACAGGUCAACAAGCGCUUCUGACAUCGUGGGCAGCACUUGAUGAUCCACAACCAGGAAUGUUCAGCUUAGGCAUUGAUCCGAAAGUUCAGAGGCAGCUAAUUACCUGGAGGGGAAAUGCUACCUAUUGGAGAAGUGCUGUAUACUUCGACAAGGAGUCAAAAACAUUCUUUAGAAAUCAAAGCGGAGGCUUCUUUUACGUUGCUUACAGUUUUGAUGCUAAUGAGAUUUAUUUUACUUUUGGUGUGUCGGAUAGUUCAGUAAAACUGAGGGCUGUUUUGAGUCCAACUGGGCAGUUCAACCUACUGUUGUGGACGGAGAGAAGUAAGACAUGGUUUGAAGCAUGGGGAGAGCCUGUCAAUAAAUGCGACUAUUAUGCUAGAUGUGGUCCAUAUGGUGCCUGUGAUAAAAUGGUGAUCCCCUUUCCUCACAAUGCAAGUGUUUGA